UGGGAUGACGUCUAUGCCAGUCCUGAGCACCUCACCUUCUCCAACAUGUCUUGCAGAGCUGGGUCCCCGCAGCAGCAUGAGGGGAGAGAACGUGACCGAGGUGAGCACCUUCAUCCUGCUGGGCUUCCCCACGGGCCCCCGCCUGCAGUCCGCCCUCUUCCUGCUCUUCCUGCUCACCUACCUCUUCAUCCUGUGGGAGAACUUGGCCAUCAUCCUCACCGUGUGGGCCAGCCCCGCCCUGCACAGGCCCAUGUACUACUUCCUGGGCAUCAUGUCCACCAUCGAGAUCUGGUACGUGUGUGACAUCAUCCCCAAGAUGCUGGACGGCUUCCUGCUUCAGCGCAAACGCAUCUCCUUCGUGGGCUGCAUGACCCAGCUCUACUUCUUCAGCUCGCUCGUGUGCACAGAGUGUGUGCUGCUGGCCUCCAUGGCCUACGACCGCUACGUGGCCAUCUGCCACCCCCUGCGCUACCAGAGCAUCAUGACCACGGGGCUGUGUGUGCAGCUGGUGGCCUUCUCUUUCUUCAGCGGCUUCUCCAUCUCCGUGAUCAAAGUCUAUUUCAUCUCCAGCGCCACGUUCUGUGGCUCCAACGUGCUGAACCACUUCUUCUGUGACAUCUCCCCCAUCCUCAAGCUGGCCUGCACGGACUUCUCCACGGCCGAGCUGGUGGACUUUGUGCUGGCCUUCCUCAUCCUGGUGUCCCCUCUCAUCGCCACCAUCCUGUCGUACGGCCACAUCGCCCUGGCCGUGCUGCGCAUCCCCUUGGCCAGUGGCCGCCGCAAAGCCUUCUCCACCUGUGCCUCCCACCUCACGGUGGUCACCAUCUUCUACACGGCCUUGCUCUUCAUGUACGUGCGGCCUCAGGCCAUUGACACACGCAGCUCCAACAAGCUCAUCUCUGUUUUGUACACAGUCCUCACCCCUAUCUUGAACCCCCUCAUCUACUGCCUGCGGAACAAGGAAUUUAAGGACGCCUUGCGGAAGACACUAGGGCUGGGCCAGGCCCCACCUUAGGAGACAAAGUUGGUGACUGACCUUCCAGAACACCCUCCAGGUGACAUCCUUGCUGACAAGGCCAUUCCAUGUGUCAGGAUGGACUUCCCUUUACCAUGGCUGUCCUAUAUUUCUGGUAACAGUUUCUCCCAAGCCUGGGGUCCUUAGUCUACUCAGGGCACCCACCAGCUAGGUGUCAUGAGGAAGGCCACCCUUUCUUCUCUCUCUGUCUUAGUGAGAUGGGAUGUGCUGCCUCUCAGUCAUCGGGAGCCCCCUGCCCCUGUCCCUUUGGGACACUGCA